AUGGGCAUUUCUGACAAAAUACACAUCAGAUGUAACCGUUGUCGCGAUCGUCGGUCUUACUGUUCAAAAGACCGACCAAAAUGCACAAGAUGUCAGGCAGGCCGCUUCAAAUGUGUCUAUGAGACCGCCAGAAAGAUCACUGUCAGCGAAGCAUACCUGAGACGCCUCGAAGCCAAGGUCAAAUUCUACGAAGGUACAAGGACUGCAUCCGUUCGAUCCUCAUCCUUUCAUGAGGAGGAUGACGAGAUCGAAGAUGACUUGUUGCUUCCAGAGGAGUUCACGCAGCUGAGUGUAGAGUCACCCAGAAGUACAUCCACAGGCUUCAAAGGCCCAGCGCAUUCGGACCACUUCCUCAAGAGUUUCGGCAAGGUCUCGCUGCUGCAGGACGAUGGAAGUCUAGAUCAGCAUGAAGAAUUCUACGACAGAGAGGCUCUCCCCUCUCGGCGCUUCUCGCAGAACAGUCAUAUCCGGCUACCUCCGAUGGACAUUGCCCGACAGCUCUACGCCGCGCAGUACACAUACAUUGGCACCAUCUUCGCCUGGACAGACCCAACUGCUUUUGAGUGUCUCAUGCAGGAGGCGUACCAGGGCCCUCCAGAUCUCGGCGACCUCAACUCUUGCCUGGUCCACUCAAAAUUGCUCGUCAUUCUGGCGUUUGGAAAGAUGUAUUCUGUCAACCAGUGGAUAGACUGGCAGGGUCCUCCUGGCUUUGACUACUUCACUCGCGCGCUGGAGCUUCUCCCCGAUGUGCACGAGGAAGGGUCUAUUCUAUUUGUCGAAACUCUUGCUCUCGUUGGCUACUUCAUGCAAAAUCUGAACAGGAGAGACGCCGCCUUCUUGUAUGUCGGCAUGGCCCUCAGGAUGGCUAUCACACUUGGCCUGCACCAGGAGUCAACCAACAGUGAGCUGGACGAUCUCACAAGAGAGCGCAGGAGACGUGUCUGGUGGAGUGUUUACAGCCUUGACCGCAUUCAGAGUGUCAAGUCUGGCAAUCCAAUCACCAUCUAUGAUGAAGACAUUGGCGUUUCUUUCCCUUCCAAGCUCCCGUGCGAGCCCGACUAUUCGGCUGCAGACGCCCUGGGAAAUUACACCAAGCUCUCUCAGAUCUGUGGCGAGAUCACCGUCAGCAUCUACCGCCGCACACCCAAGUCUGGGUUGACCUUGAUGGCCGCCGUCAAGAAGAUCAUCAUGGCCUUGUCCAAGUGGCACCAGGAGCUUCCCGAGGAGCUGCGUUUCGACCCAGCACGCCUGAGCAUCAGCCGAGAGUCCGUGUCGACACUUCUUCACUACUCACAGUGCAUCAACAUGACAGCGCGGCCGCUACUGUUCCACGUAGUGCAGAAGCGUCUCAAGGCAGGCCUGGCCGACAAGGAACGAGACUGGAGGGAGGGUCUCACGCAGACCACAGUCAGGGUUAUCGAGAUGUGUGUGGCUGCGUCCCAGGACACGAUUAACAUGAUGACCAUCGCUGCGCAGAAGAACCUCGUAGCCACCUAUGGCUACAUGGAUUCCGAACAUGCCUUUUCCGCCGCUAUCGUCCUCGUCAUGGUCUGCGUGGCGUUCCCUACCGAUCGGCAGAACACCAAUUCCAUGAACGCGGCCCUUGAGCUCCUUCGAGCCAUGUCGCAGAAGGGAAACAGCCACAUGGCGACCCGCUACGAUCUCUUG